AUGAACACCACAUAUCCAGAAUUAAAUAACGCUAAGAAUUACUGUCGUAAUCCCAAGAACUCAGGACAAAGACCUUGGUGUUUUACCACAGAUAGAAACAAAAGAUGGGAGUACUGUGAUAUCCCUAAGUGUACACCAGUGGAUGGUGGUUAUGGCGACUGGAGAUUAAAGGAUGCGUGUAACGUAACUUGUGGGGAAGGUUUCGAAACAUUGGUACGAAAUUGCGACAAUCCUGAGCCAAAGUUUGGUGGAAGAAACUGUAGUCAUCUUGGAAAACCAGUUGAAUACAGAUCUUGUUCAGCAAGACCUUGUCCUGUCAAUGGCGGUUAUAGCAACUGGAGUGUGAGUAUCAUAUGCCAUGUCUCAUGCGGUGAAGGAGUGGAAAUAUGGGAAAGAACUUGUGAUAAACCAGAACCAAAAUACGGAGGCAGUAACUGCAGUGUUCUUGGAAGCUCAACUGAGAAAAGAAAAUGUAACAGAAAACCUUGUCCAGUUGAUGGUAACUAUGGCAACUGGACGAAAGCAUCGCCAUGUAGUACCACGUGUGGCGGUGGAGUCGAGGUCUGGAUACGGCAUUGUGAUAAUCCCCCUGGAAAGUACGGUGGUAACUGUAGUAAGCAGGGCAAGGAUCAAGAUGAACGCUUGUGUGAGAAGCAACCAUGUCCUUUUGUCCUUGAUUCCGGGACGAUUAGCAUCAUCGUUAUUACUUCAAGCUUAGCAUUCAUUACUGCAGUUGCCAUUCUUAUCUUCUUCCUACGAAAACGAUGGCGAAAACAAGGAUGUCAACAUUAUGCCAUUUUUCGUUUUUCUUCUCAAAAUUCCCCGGAUGGUGGGCAACAUCACCAAUGUAAUGAUACAGCAGAAGGCGCAAGCUUCUUACAGGGGAAUGAUACGAGGGAUAAAUUAUAUGAAAACCUGACAAUCGUAGGAAACCCGGCUCCAGGCCUUUCCCGAGGUGUUGUAGAUCACAGAAAUUAUUACGCCAACACGCUCUCGCGAAGUUCCUUGUAUGGCAAACUGCAAGUAUUCCGGCCAAUGGCUGUUGCAUGGCUUCGAAACGCGUGGGGGAAUGUGGACGAGUUUGGCAACCAUAUUUAUGACGUCAUGCAAUGUGAUGUCAGACAAGUCUUUGUCCCAUACGAUAGGCUGGAACACGCAGUGCAAAAUGACUCCGCUGGAAGUUGCGAUGCAACUUCUGAUCCCGGCUCAGCGCAGGAAGACUCUAGUGAAAGUGAGACGGAGGCAAUUAGUUCAAUUUACAAUACCCUGGAAAGAUUUCCAGCUGUGGUAUUGCCAACCAGAGCCGAGGGUGUUUAACGAAUGGUAUUACCUAAUUUCUAACAGCAAGACGUUCUGAACUGCCUGUUUAUGAUGACCGGAAUAUUACGCAAUAAUUUUGAAAAAAUAUACCCACCUAUGGUGAAUCACAAGAACAUAUUAAUACUUAUUUCUCAUGUUGAGCGAGAAGCAAUUAUCGAAACGAUUUGUUGUGCUUUUUGUGUAAAAUACACUCGCUGGAUUUCGAAAUAACGACAUACGUUCCUAUAAAUUACUUUAUAAAUUAUAGUUUACUGCCGGGACAGAAUAAUUGUUGCAAUCA